ACACUUCGGACAGAUCAUCUGUUGAUUUCACACAGAUAAACAACACUUGCAUUACAGAAACUACGAAAAACCAACACACCCGUUCUGUGAUGAGCGGUUGGGUUGUUUUCAUUCUCCGAUGGCAGAACCUGAUCAUCGACAACAACGAGAACAUCUUUUAAAAUCCCGUCCGCUGACUUUAACCAGCAGCGACAGGAGGACACGUGAAGCUCCACACGUCCAUUAGAAGCACGUUCACCAACUUAACUCAUGAAAACACCGCUCGAGCUUCCGCCUUGUUGAUGUGAGGGAUGUUUACAUGUACCUGUUGUUUGGUGUGUACGCGUUGUAAUGAUCACCAGCGACAAACAAAAGCACUUCGAGUGGAGCUGGUGACGCGUGUGUGUUCUUCAAUGCUCCCUGUGUCUCCUAUGAAGAGGAGCGUCAAAUUUGUAAAGGCUGGUAUUAUGUUUAAAGCGUUUAUUCUGUGUUCGGACUAUCACCAGAUGACAUGGGCGUUACCUGAAAGCACAUCUGGUGAUAUACAGCUGACAAAGCAAAGAACGACACAUUUAUCUAAUGCGCGAUGCAAAUUUCAACGACUCGGUGGUGUAGUGAGAUCGUCAUCAGGCUAGAAGCUUAUAGUGUUUCAGCUUGUUGUUUCGAAUCCCGUUCAAGGUUUUUUUUUACUAUAUAUUUUUUUCUUUUACCAUUUAAAUGCUUAUUGUGGUCUCAACGUGAUGCUGACACGGACACAUGAACUCGUGAAGGGUUUUUGUAGGAUUUUUAUUUCAGCAAGACCUUCAGUAGAUCACCGCACUUCACACACAGGCGCUUUGUGAAAAUGACGAAUCUGCCACCGGCUCUGAAAAACAGCCUCAACAUCUGGAAUGUCGCCAGAAGCCAUGCCCGCCAGUUAAACUGGAACACCGGGACGCACCGGAGGUAGAAGCGCUGUGAAAAGCGCUCCGCCUCCUUUCCUCGCCCAUGGCUGGACGAGUCCGUGCAUUUGAACGUGUCAACAUGAAGAGGGAGGACAUCAUAUUUCAGGCGCUCCUCUUGAUCCACACCUCAGCUCAGUCCGACAGCAGCAGCAGUGUGGUGGUGGCUGGUUACAACGUGAGCGCCCCGGCCGGGUCGAACGUGGUGCUGCAGUGUGUGAGUGGCCGCAUGGUGUGGACCAGGGACAGCGUGAUGGACAGACAGAGGGUGGUCCACUGGGACCUGUACCGGACCCAACCGGACUACGCCAUGGAGAGGGUGGUGGACAUGUUCUCUACAGAGGAGCAGAGGAUUUACAACUCCUACAACCUGGGCAGGGUCGGCAUCAUAACAACGGCCUUCAAGGACGGAAACUUCUCCCUGCUCAUCAAAGAUGUGACGAUGAACGACAGAGGCCUGUACUCCUGUAACCUCCACCAUCUCUACUGUCACCUGUACGAGACAGUCAGAGUCCAGCUCAACGUCACCAAAUCACGCCGUAAGGAGCAGCGUUUCUGGGAUGGACAGAAGGCGGUGUUCGUGGUGCUGCUCGGGACCACGGUGGCGCUGCCAUGCAUCAACCGACGCAAUGUGUGGACGGACUGGAGCAACGAUGAGGGGGACCAGCAGGUGGUUCACUGGGAUCGCCAGUCACCAGGGAUCCACCAAGACCGUGCUGACCGCCUGGUGGACCUGUACGCCUCUGGAGAGCAGCGCAGCUAUGGGCCGCUGUUCCUCCAGAGAAAGAUGAACAUCAGCAACCAGGCCUUCUCAGAUGGAGACUUCUCACUGACCAUAUCUGACCUAAAGCCCACAGAUCAGGGGAGGUAUUCCUGCCACCUCCACCAUCAUUACUGUGGUCUACACGAGAGAAGAGAGUUCCAGGUCACAGUGGAGCCACCGGUGAUUCAGACCACCCGGCCAGCCAUAGCACUGCCUGCUGUGGACAAAGACUCGACCAAGGCUGAAUCAACGCGAGUCAUCAACGUCAUCGUGGCCGACCAGAGACAUCACUUCCUCCUGCCGCUGGGAUACGUCCUCACCUCUCUCCUGCUCCUGGCGUUCAUCAUCCUCAUCAUCAUCCUCAUCACACGCAGACGUAGGAUGAAAGAGUUUAACCCGCAGGCAUCUAUGAGGUCCAGCAGGAGUCAGACCAGCCCUGAUGAGUUUGAGAUGGACGUCACUGAAGUCACUGUGAGCAACGAUGAAGAGAGAGGAUUUGAGUACAAGAACAACCUGCUGAGAGAGAAGGUCCAUGUGAACACUCAGCCUAAGGUCAUUGAUCUUGAUAAAGAGAUGCAGAAAUUUUCUAAGUGAGAGAAAGACAGAAAAAGUGAGAGAGGAGUCGCUGGCUGGUCCAGAGGCUGCGUUCCAAACACAACACACUGCCCGCCCGUCCUGGCAGGAGGGUCACGGAAAGAAAAAAAUCUGUGCCACCAAAACUGCAGAAAACUGGAAAAGAAAAAAAAUGUUUUUAACUCGUCAAAAUGAUGGUGACACAUUUACAACAAAAGAUUUUGUUUUCUUUUAUUGUAUUUUAUUGUCAAACUAAAACGACUUGGGUGAGAAAGAGUGCAACAACUGUGCCUGGCACAAGAGCACCACCCACAGGGGAGGUUUAUCUUUGACUGAGAGAGGUGUACAUAUAUUGAAUGAAGACGUGAUCGACAUGAAUUAUCAGUUAUUACAGCAUGAAUCGUUAUGCCUCAAGUUUUAAAAGAAAUCGUACUGGUGAUUUAUUUUUCCAUUGUUCUUCUCUUGGUUGAACUGACUGGACUGAAGCACCACUGACGUUUUGAUGUCAGUGUGUUUGAUUAGAUGGAGACUAAAUGACCAAAGAAACAAUGUAUGUAUAAAUGUUUUGCUUUGACCGUGUUUUUAAACAUGUAUUAAAAUGUGUUUGACGUCCAGCUGAGAUGGGUUCUUACACUAACUUGAUACCCACUCUGUUUGUAUUCAAAUGACUUCAAUAGUAAAGUAAUUACUUGUGAACUGAAUGUGGAGGAGAAAUAAAUGAUUGGUCAUUGCUUCAUA